UGUGUUUCAUUUCCUGCACCACGAGCGCUCUCUCUCUAUUGCUCGUUCGGUCUCUCAGAGCAGUUCCUAGGGUUUUCUCCCCCUCGAAACGCCGUCGUUUCGACCGAUUCGUGCUGCCAAGUCGCCGCAAUGAAGCUCACCGUGAAGACUCUGAAAGGCAGCCAUUUCGAAAUCACGGUUCAGCCCUCCGACACCGUUAUGGCUGUCAAGAAGAACAUUGAAGAUGUACAAGGAAAAGAUAAUUACCCGUGUGGACAGCAGUUGUUGAUUCACAAUGGGAAGGUCUUGAAAGAUGAAACAACCCUGGCAGAGAAUAAGGUCUCUGAGGACGGGUUUCUCGUUGUCAUGCUUAGCAAGAGUAAAACAUUGGGCUCAGCGGGGGUGUCAUCCACUCAGCCUGCUCCUAUAAAUCCACCUACGACUGCACCUGUCUCUAACUCUACUCCUGUACCUGAAGCUUCUGUACAACCGCUGGCCUUGAAGAGCACCUCAUCAGCUUCAGACACUGCAACAGCUAGCGUUCCUACUGAUACCUAUGGACUAGCUGCUUCAAAUUUAGUUGCUGGUAGUAAUCUUGAGCAGACUAUUCAACAAAUAAUGGAUAUGGGUGGUGGCAACUGGGACAGAGAAACAGUUACCCGAGCACUUCGAGCAGCUUACAACAACCCUGAGCGAGCAGUAGAUUAUCUAUAUUCUGGUAUUCCAGAAGCAGCAGAAGUUGCAGUACCGGUGGCUCAUUUACCUGCAGGUCAGGCAACUGAAACAGGUGCAGCAGCUGCACCUGUGUCUGGAGCACCUAACUCUUCACCCUUGAAUAUGUUUCCUCAGGAGACCCUUGCUGCCGCUGCUGCUGGUGGAGGAGGACUUGGAUCCCUUGAAUUUCUUAGAAACAAUCCACAGUUCCAAGCAUUGCGCUCAAUGGUGCAAGCAAAUCCACAGAUAUUACAGCCCAUGCUUCAGGAGCUGGGAAAGCAAAAUCCCCAGCUUUUAAGAUUAAUUCAGGAGCACCAUACGGAGUUUCUUCAGUUGAUAAAUGAACAUCUUGAGGGAUCUGAAGGGGAUGCAUUUGAUGAGCCUGAGCAAGACAUGCCCCAUGCCAUCAAUGUCACCCCGGCUGAGCAAGAGGCCAUAGAAAGACUAGAGGCAAUGGGAUUUGAUAGAGCACUGGUCAUCGAAGCCUUUUUGGCAUGUGAUCGCAAUGAGGAAUUGGCAGCCAACUACUUGCUGGAGAAUGCUGGAGAUUUUGAGGAUUGAAUGGUGAACCUUCAUUGGGUUCGUAGUUUUGGUUUCUUGGAUUCAUUUCGAUAUUAUUUCUUUACUUGGAGUAGUGUUUGGAUUAAAUUAUGUACUUUAAUAAUGAAUUCCGGUAAUUAAUUCUGUGAAAUUGAUCUA